UCGAGACCCUCAGCUCCGAAGCCCCGAGUCUCCCGAAGCACCAGCCAUGAGGACCCUGCUCUGGGCCGCCGCUCUCGCCGUCGCGAUGGCUUUGAGAGACGGGGUUGAAAAUGACAAAAGGCUGAGGAGGCUGAAGGAGGAAGUGAACCUUAGAUCUCUUCAAUCUCAAGCGAAGGAGAGGCUUUUCGGCGACUGUGGGGCUGUGUACUGGCUCAGCCCAGGCGAGUGUGCUACCAUCACGUCUCCCAACUUCCCACAAGAUUACCCCAAGGAUUCCAGAUGUCUGUGGGUGUUCGAGGGAAUCGAGUCGGCGAGCAAAAUCACCAGCUGUUGCAGGACCUUCCACUUGCAGCGCAGCCGGAAUUGCAAGCAGGACAGACUGGUCUUCGGUGACAGUGAAGGACGCAAGGGAAAAUUCUGCGGCCGGCGGAGGGGAGGCCUGGCGUGGGAGAGCGAGACGGGGUGGCUUAGCAUGUUCUUCAGGUCCAACAAGCGCGGUCAGAGGCGUGGCUUCACCUGCAAAGUCUGCGCUUCAGGUCCUCCUCCUCUUACGUCACCAUUCUGCACCUGCGGGCGGAGGAACAUCCCGGCCAUGCCCAGCCGCAUCAUCGGGGGCGUGCCGACAUACCCCCAGGAAUACCCCUGGCAAGUGGGCAUCACCAAACCCUUGCACAUGAGGCCCUACUGCGGCGGGACCAUCAUCUCCGACACCUGGAUCCUCACUGCUGCUCACUGCGACGUCCAAGUUGGCGACGUGGUUCUGAUCGGAGCGCACAACUGGUGUCAGUGUCAACCGCCGCCGCUACGCAUCUCGGUCAAGCAGGUGCACACCAACCCGAACUACAACCAGCGCACUCGGGACAGUGACAUCGCCCUCCUCGAGGUCUCCCGCGAGAUCCCCUUCCCGGGAGACAACAGCAUCGCCCCGGUUUGCCUUCCGGACGGGACCUCCUACAACGAGACCGGGAGCGCCAUCGCCACCGGCUGGGGCUUCACCUAUCCCGAGGGAAAGCGGUCGUGUGUUCUUCGCGACGCGGAGAUCCCGACCGUGAGCGCCGUCGCCUGCAGCCACUGGUGGCCCGGGAAGCUCACCGACAGCAUGAUGUGCGCGGGGAUCGACGUCAAGGGAACGUGCUCGUACGAUGCCGGCGGGCCUCUCGUGAGCAGCCCGACCGGCGGUUCUGGGCCGUUCGUGCAACUCGGCGUGACGUCAUGGUGGGCUGCGUCGUGCGAUCGGCCUCAGGUCUUCACGCGAGUUAUGGAGUUCCUCCCUUGGAUAAAAGCAACUUGUGGCAAUGGAACUAUGUCCUGUCUGCUGUGGCGUUAAAAUGAAUAUAUCACUUGCACGAGACGUCUGAACCAGCUGUCUCUUGGAAACCAGCUGGCUCAAUACUUAUGUGCUUUUGGAACUGCGUGUUAUUUUAUAACCACUUUAUUCCUCGGAACUAUAUUCUUAUGAUAGAACUUUAAUUCUUUUUAGAACCAUCUGUCUGCUUGGAUCCAUCUUUCUCCUAAGAACUAUUCUUCUUAAGAAAGAUCUGUCUCCUUGGAAUCUUUCUCUUUAUAUUUUUUUUCGUUUCCAGAAAUAUUUUUCUCUUUUGUACCAUCUUCUCAUUAACCACCUGUUCUUCAAGAUCAUCUCUCUCUCUAUCUCGCCCCUCCCUCC